CUCAAAGAUUACAACUAUUUACAGAUUUAUACAUUGCGAUUUGCCCCAAGAGCCAAGGAGGAUACUACGAGACUCACACACCAUGUCCACCACCACAUUUGCCUCCGAAGCCACCACCUUCGAAUUGGCCCUAACCAGCCUCUUCAGCGGCCCCCCUGAGACUACCGAAGCCGAUCUGGCCAAGCUAUUCACACCUACUUUCACACAACGCGACGAUGAGACAACGCGCGACUUCUCCGCCUUUGUUGCACACAUUAAGUGGCUGCGAGGAAAUCUUCCACCAGGAAGUGUGACGCUCAAGAUUACGCAGUUCCUGCGCGACGGUAAUCAAUUUGCGGAUAGACACAGCUCUACCAUGACGAUGCCAGAUGGAAAAGUGGGCGCCGCAGAGACAUUUAUGUUCGGGGAGGUGGCGGAAGAUGGGCGGAUCGAGUGGGUUGUGGAGACAGUGAAGCGGAAGUAGUGGAAGUGAUGGUUGGGAUAAGCCCGGCGGGAUGAGGCAUUAUUCUUGUGUGGUUACUAAAGAGACUCAAUCAUUGUUCUAAUGUGAGUUUGAUUGCGAUUACUAAAUUUUAAUAUCCGAGUGAGAGGGAAUCAAUGGCGUUAUCCAAACAGCUGAAUGCAAUACUACAUUCCCCUCACGGUUCGCAUCACC